GAACCGAUUGAUUUGACGCAUGAGGAUGAUAAGAUAAAGUCGUUUUACUAAUAUUUUGCUAUUAUUGAUUGUAUAUAACAAUACCAAAUAAGAUUAUUUUUGCAUUCGAGUGGCAAAGAAGCUUCGUUUUUUAUCCUCCUGCAGACAGAUAUAACAACGAAGGAUUAAUACCGAGAAUCUAAAAGGAGAUAAGCACACAAUAAGAUGAAUUGAUAUAUGUAGUAUAAAUGACUUUUGAUCCUAAUACCAUUUCAUUGCCAGACAGGACAGCGAUGAAGUCGAACAAAAGCAGUACCUUGACGCAAUUUGUCGCUGCUGCCGCAGCGACGCUGGGCGCGAUGGCGUUGGGCACAGUUCUUGGAUGGUCAUCGCCAGCGCAAAUCCCCAUCCUCGCUGGUGACGUCUAUGGCUUCUCUGUCAGUGUCACAGAAUUCUCCUGGAUCAGUUCCGUCGUUCCUCUUGGCGCUGCCUUGUCUUGCCUGCCGACCGGCUUCCUCGUCGAUUGGAUCGGAAGAAAAUACACCAUGCUCUUCAUCUCGAUUCCAUUUGUAAUAGGCUGGGCCUUUAUAGUGUGGCCAGCAGCAGUCGGGAUGCUGAUCGCUGGUCGACUGAUCACUGGUUUCUGCGGCGGCCUUUUCUGCGUGGCAUCGCCCAUGUACAUCACCGAGAUAUGCGACAUCAAGAUCCGUGGAUUGCUCAGUUCUUUCUUUCAGCUUUUGCUCGUCAUCGGCAUCCUCAUAAGCUACAUCAUCGGCGCCUUUGUUCCUAUUUUCUGGCUGUCUGCGAUCAGUGGCAUUAUUCCGAUAGUGUUUGCCGUGUGUUUCUUCUGGAUGCCAGAGACACCUCAAUACCUGCUUCGCAAAGGAAAGGAUGUGGAAGCCACCAAGGCGUUGCAAUGGUUCCGCGGCAAGGACUACGAUAUCAAAAAAGAGCUGGAUAGUAUGAAAGAAGCUGUAGAGGAUGAAAGGAAAAAUAAGAUCUCAUUCAUCGCCAUGUUCCGCAAUAAGAUCGCCAUUAAGGGAAUGCUCAUAAUGUUCGGCUUGUUCGCGAUGCAGCAGUUUUCCGGCAUCAACGCAGUCCUCUUCUACGCAAACAGUAUUUUCUCGGACGCUGGAUCAACACUCGACACUGACAUCAACAGCAUCAUUGUUGGCGCUGUGCAGGUUGCGGCCACAAUUCCAGCCUCGCUCGUUGUCGACCGUUUGGGAAGGAAGCUGCUCUUGCUCAUCUCGAGCAUCGCAAUGGGCGUUUUUAUCGUCAUCCUUGGCUUCUACUUCUUAUAUCAGGAUAUGUGGUCAACACAAGGGUGGCUCCCAGUGACCCUGCUGGUGCUGUACAUAAUUUUCUUCUCCUUCGGCGCCGGUCCCGUCGUGUGGGUCGUCUGCUCCGAAAUGUUCGCCCCCCAGGUGAAAGGUCCAGCCAGUGCAAUCAGUGCCACCUUCAGCUGGACUCUGGCUUUCCUAGUCACGUUAUUCUACGCCGACUUGGUGGAAGCAGUGCAAAAUUACACCACCUUCUGGAUUUUCGGUGGCUGCUGCUUCUUGGGAGCGGCCUUCAUCCUUUUCUUCCUGCCCGAGACCAAGGGCAAAACCAACCAGCAAAUCCUCAAGGAGCUCGGUUCCAAGGAUUAAGUUGAGAGAGUAAUUUAUGUAUUUUGACGUAAGACUGCCUACAGAAUGCUUUUAAUCGAUCAAAUGUUUGAUUAUCUGUUGACCAAACAAUGAAUAAACAUUGAACUGCUUUCUUAGAAUAAAAAAA